UGAGUCAAAAAUUUCAUGCAAAGCUGCAGUAAGGGAGGAGCUUGGUUUGGCACAUCAUAUUUUCCUUGUUGCUGCGACGGUCAUUCCUGUGCACCUCUGCCUUGUUUCCUCCGCCCGCUACGCUUUUUUUAUACCCCUCUCUCUUUCUCUCUCUCGUUCAUUGCCACAGCACAGACAAGACAUCUCCCGAUCCAUUUUCUCUUUGAGACACUUGUGUGCAGCAAUGGCCUCCUCGCCUUACUCUUCUACAAUCACCACAAAUAAUCUCAUUCGCUCUUCUCACAAGUAUAACCCUGCUAUUAUACCCACCCCAUCAUUCCUCGGAUCCAUCCGUAAACUUGUUCCUCUUCCCACCAAAGCAUUAUCAUCAAUUUCUGCCGCUUCAGUUGCCCAUCAAUCCUCCUCCAUCGUUGCCAUCUCCGAUGUCGUCAAGGAAAAGAAGAAAAUCAAAUCCACCUCCGAUCUGCAGCUUAUCACGAAAGACGAAGGGUUGGAGUUAUACGAGGACAUGGUGCUGGGCAGAGUUUUCGAAGACAUGUGCGCCCAAAUGUACUACAGAGGCAAAAUGUUUGGCUUCGUUCAUCUCUACAAUGGCCAAGAAGCUGUGUCCACAGGCUUCAUCAAGCUCUUAACCAAGCAAGAUUAUGUCGUGAGCACCUAUCGCGAUCACGUUCAUGCCCUCAGUAAAGGCGUCCCUGCUCGCCAAGUCAUGAGCGAGCUCUUUGGCAAGACCACCGGCUGCUGCCGCGGCCAGGGUGGCUCUAUGCACAUGUUCUCCAAAGAUUAUAAUGUUUUGGGUGGGUUUGCCUUCAUCGGCGAGGGAAUUCCCGUCUCAACUGGCGCUGCAUUCACUUCCAAGUACCGGAGGGAGGUGCUGAAAGAGGCAGGAUCCGAUCAGGUGACCUUGGCCUUCUUUGGGGAUGGCACUUGUAACAAUGGCCAGUUCUUCGAGUGUUUGAACAUGGCGGCGUUGUGGAAACUGCCAAUUGUGUUUGUGGUUGAGAACAAUUUGUGGGCAAUUGGGAUGUCACAUUUGAGGGCAACUUCUGAUCCUGAGAUUUGGAAGAAGGGCCCUGCUUUUGGAAUGCCGGGAGUGCAUGUGGAUGGAAUGGAUGUCUUGAAGGUGAGAGAGGUCGCUAAGGAGGCCAUUGAAAGAGCGAGGAGAGAAGGACCAACCUUGGUCGAAUGUGAGACCUAUAGGUUUAGGGGGCACUCGGUGGCUGAUCCUGAUGAGCUUCGUGACCCUGCUGAGAAGGCUCACUACGUCACGAGGGAUCCCAUCACAGCCUUGAAGAAGUACAUGAUUGAGAACAAGCUUGUAGAUGAAGCUGAGUUAAAAGCCAUCGAUAGAAAGAUUGAUGAGAUAAUGGAAGAUGCGGUGGAAUUCGCAGAUGCAAGCCCUCGUCCUCCCAGAAGCCAGCUUUUGGAGAACGUCUUUGCGGAUCCGAAAGGCUUUGGCAUCAGUCCUAACGGCAGGUACAGAUGCGAGGAUCCCAAAUUCACAGAAGGCACAGCUCAUGUCUAAAUAUCUAUCCAAACGUCUUUCAUUCUUUCUUGUGGCUUCUCUCUCUCUCUCUCUUUCUGUUGAAUAAUCAAUGGGGCUGCUCUAUUCAGAUUUUUCCUUCUUGCCUGUAGCUUCAUUUAUCUCCACAAUAUGCCUGUACUGUUGUCUACUGUUCAGAAUUAUACAUACAAAGUGAUUGCAACUAGUCAUCUCAUUUGAAAUC